GCAGUGAUUAGCACGAGGUUUGACGUGUCACUCUCAAGAUCUAACGUUAACACACUCCUGUCGCUGUUCAACGAUGUAGUAGGCUAAUAUAUUCCUAGCCCUAGAAUUCAAAAGAAUAUUUAUUUCUGAAGACUCGUGCUUCCAAGGGAAGCAUGGUCUGCACUAACGACACCUACGUCAUCCCAUGAAGAAUGGCUUUGGUGGCGGCGGAAGGAGGUCGUCAAGAGCAGCCCCUCUCUUUCGCUGCACCGGCAGCUCCUGCUCGGGAGAAAGAUGCAGCUAGAUCGUCUGGAGUUGAAUCGGAGAAGAGGACCGAGUCUCAGCCCCAUGUUCCUAAGUCACAUUCCCAUGGAAAGCCGACGAAGACUUUCAAGAUUAUUGUGAUUGGGGAUUCCAAUGUUGGAAAGACUUGCUUGACUUUUCGGUUUUGUAAUGGCAGAUUCCCCAGCAAAACUGAAGCCACAAUCGGAGUGGAUUUCAGGGAAAAGGUGAUUCUGGUCAACGGUGAACCUAUAAAGCUUCAGCUAUGGGACACCGCCGGGCAGGAGCGUUUCCGGAAGUCAAUGGUUCCUCAUUACUACAGGAAUGUACAUGCCGUAGUGUUCGUGUAUGACAUCACAAAAAUUCAGACUUUCGAGAGUCUGCCCACCUGGAUAGAGGAGUGCAACAAGCAUCAGCUUACAUACGAGAUCCCUCGUAUUCUGGUAGGGAACAAGUGCGACUGCAAGGAAACUUCCCAGAUUUCUACUCAGAGGGCCCAGAGAUUCGCCGACGUACACAACAUGCCCUGGUUCGAGACCUCGGCGAAGGACGACAGCCAGAGCGACCACGUGGAGUCGAUCUUCCUGACGCUGGCGGUGAAGCUCCGCAACUCCCGGCCCAUGCUCCCCGAGUACAACCUCCACCUGAACGAGGACGCGAUGAGGCCGGCGGACGUGAUCUCGGUGCGGCGGUCCCUGGAGUCGGCGGAUGCGCUCAAGGCCAGCGAGGGACUGUGUGCGUGCUAGGGGGAGUCGGCACCGGGUUUGUGAUAAUUCCGUCGGGUGCUAAGGUCUCGGUCAGGUUGUCCUCGACUUUACUCCUUUAUACUAUAUUUAUCAGGCAAAAGUCAUUUAUUAUGUUUAAAAGUUCUUGAUUUUUGAUUCACGGGUGCUCUGGGAUGUGCUUGAAAAAUAGUAUCACGAUGAUUGAUGAGUGUCUCAUUCACGACUUAAUGGCUCUUGGGUGCACGAAAACAGUAUUUGCAAUGAGAAAAUGCUGUUUGAAUUUAAAAGGUAUGGGUAUUCAACCAAGAGCAUGCUGGUUAAAAUGUUUCUUCCAAUUUGAUAUGCUUUAAUAAGUUUUAGAAUUUUUUAUGUACAAUAAAUAUAAUGUUGAUCGAUUAUUACCAAUGGGAAAAGUGCAAUAAAUGCCCUAAUAAGCGAUGGUUGCACAGAUGGCUCUUCUGUCCUCGAAAUCCAGUCCAAUGAAGCAGAG